AUGCUCACGAGGCAUUCCCCGGACCUCACGAAGUUUCCGAGAGAAUCUACUCAGCGAAGCUCUACUCACAUGCAACACAGCCUGAGCGUCGCAAGAAGAAGUCAUGCAAUGGCGUACUGUGUAUUGGGACGCACGCAGCUGCAGGCUGCAGGUGACAACAUGUCGACAACAUUUUUUUGGGAAAUGCGAACCGGUUGAGGUUACGCCGCCAUUUGCAAUUAGCAAAACACCUACUGUCCGUGAAAUUCAAAAAUCUCUCUUUCUUUGAAUCGCUCAUAGACGCCAUAGAAUCCUACAUUGGCGAUUUAUGUCAUGAACUCAAAGUGCCACGCGAUGACAUUGGGGAAUGGGAGGAUAUUUUGUACGACGCGAUUGAACAAAAAGUGACUGACGCGGACAAGAGGGAGGUUGCUAAGCCUCUUACGGGCCACAUAGAUUUUGCUGCAGCUAGGACAUCUUUUCNUGCUACACACGCUGGGACUACAUCGUUGUAUCCAUUUGAAUUUAUUGAGCAAUACAGCAUUGGUACAAAACGGUAUAUAGAUGACAUUUUUACGGUGCGAUAUGGUAACCAGACUGGACCAACAUUUGAAGAUAUUAUAUAUGAGGAGGUCAAUCAAUAUGUAUGGUGGUAUAUACCUAACGAUGGUGUUAGAUUCGAAUGGUGAUGAGAUAGACAACCCCGUUCGCGUUACCCAAGAACAGUGUGAGGAAUCAGUACACUUUCUGGAUAUGCAAAUAGGGCAAGACAUUCCUGGUAAGACUUGUAUCGGUAUGUAUAAUAAGCGCCAACAUAUGGCUACGCUGAAGCAAUAUCGGGCAUUCCCACAUUGGGAAACAGUGUUAUCUACUAGGUGUAAGAUGUCGACGUUACACUGUCAAAUGUGCCGAUUUGCUAUUAGAUGUACUGACAUUCGAUUUUUCCACGCUGCCACAGCCAGAUUGAUAGCUGACGACGUGCUUGCACGUUUCUAUUCUAGUCGACUUAUUAUACGUAAUACUUUACACAAUUUCAUGUAUACCUUUUUUCGUACCUCGCCAGUGACUGCAAACAUCGUGGGUGAAAAUGCACCUAUGGUGCGGAAUUCAUACUGGAAGAAAGUGGAGUUGGGUAUUUGGAAUCGAGUAGAUGCGAAUGAAUUUGGUAGAUUAGCCUGCGUGCGAUUACCUUUUACUUUACUGGGUAGUGUCCCGUUU